AUGGAAGAUAAAAAGAAACAUGUCAAUGGACAUGCAGAAAGAAACAAAAAGCCGCCUGUACCUAACAUCAAGGUAUCCAAGCCGAACUCGACUUCAAAACAAGAGACAAACUACAUGAAACGAUUGGAGAACCAGACAACAACAAAGCUACGCCUUACUGGCUACAGAAAACACGGCCUCAAGUAUACAUUUCCGAAUGCUCCUUACUCGAGGAUUCCCUUACCUGUGAUACGAAAACGAUGGUUGAUAAUUUUAUUAUUUCAAUUGUACCCCAGGGCUGCUGUGUGUGUGGACAGAGUCUUUCCGUUACCGAGAAAGUUCUGGGUACACACCGAAAGACAAAGUCCACAGGUCGUACAAAGCUUGGUCAUCGUAGAGUUUGGUCUCAGUGUUUCACAGGUAGUCAACCUUGUUAACAAUCGCGUCGUCCUUGCCAAAGCAGAAGACGGUUCUAGUCUCUAUCCGAAAUUCUCUCAACGAGUUGUACAAACAUGCUCAGAUUUCAUUUGGCAAGAAGACCAACGUUUUUUCAUCCACAAUCACGUUUUUGAGAUGCCUCGUGGUUUGGAAUCACUCGAGGAACUUCAGGAUUACAUCUCAGAUAUGGCUUCAAAACCACUUCCAUUUGACAGACCUCUUUGGGAGGUUCAUAUAUUGACAGACUUUGGCGAUGUCCGAGACACUGUGUUGUUAUUCAGAAUGCAUCCUUGUCUCGUCGACGGAGUUUCUAUGGUAAAAAUCUUGUACAAAUCAAUCGCGGACGUGGAACCAGUAACAACUGUCCCGCCGAAAGUCGGUAAACAAAACUGUAUCGAUUCGAUUAAAUCAAUCUUUAAUGGACCAAUUAACUAUUUUCUCUGCUUCUCCUCAAGAAAUGAUUUCAAUCUCUUACAUGGUGAGCAUGUUCAACUUUCAGGUAAGAAAGUGAUCACAUGGUCUGAGCCGUUCAGUUUGUCGUCUGCUGUAAAAAUCAAGCAAGUGACACGAAGUACCCUUAACGAAGUGUUCAUGUCAGUGGCGGCCGGUAGCAUACGCAAUUACAUGAUCGUGAAUGGGGUACAAAACCCUUUUGAUAUACAAUCCAGCAUUCCGGUUUACUAUGGUGCAAAUAAACAUGCGUCUGGUGUGGGUAACGACGUAUUGAUGAUGAAAGUGACACUUCCCACGAACACCGAGGGCGUUGUCCCGCGUUUUGUGGCAAAUGAAACAACAAAUGGAUCAAAUCGUGAAUCAUCUAUGUUUGCUAUUACACGGCGGAUAUUUAAAGUAUCAUAUCAUAUUCUGUCUGAAUCUUUAUGGAAUAGGCUGUGGAUUUAUAUUCUCCGUAAGUGCACGUGCAUAGUGUCCUCCCUACCAGGACCGGAAAUUAAACUGCGCAUGUCAUCGAAGCAGAUCAAAACGAUUUUCUAUUGGUUUCCUCCUGUCCGCCAGGUGGCUCUUGCCAUAUCAUUCUUCACGUACGGAGACCAAAUCCAGAUGGCGGUGUCCUCCGACCAGGCCAUGCUUCCAAACCCAGACCUCCUCACCAAGGACUUUGUUUUCCAGAUGCAGGCACUCUAUGACCAGCUGGGUCAUCGCAGGGUACCAGGUGAGCAGCAUAACAAUCGGAAGUUCGACCCGACUCUCCUAAACACCGAAAUCAGGCCAGAAGAGACGGCCACAGAGCUGAAGAAGAAGAUGUCGUUGAUACACCAAGAGAUUAAGAACCUUCGGCACAAGCUGGACGCCCGCCGGCAGGACCACGUCGACGACGACCACAAGAUGAUGAAGAAGAUAGAGACGCUCAAGGAGCAGUUCCGAGAACUCCUAGUUGAGAUGCGCAAGCGCAAGGCUGCGGAAGCGGAAGUAGCCAUGAGUUUCUCCGAGGAGGACAGUGCGGACGACGACGACAUUGAGAUUCCCCGACGGCCGUUCCGUCGGCGAGCGAUGUCGGUGUCGUCCCGGAUGUCCACCGUAUCCAUCUCCUCCACUGUCCGCCCUCUGCCGGCGCCGACGCCCGCUAUGACGCCGGACUACAGUCCCGACUCUCCGCUCAUACCGGACAAACAGGUUCCCUACAGCGUAACGAAGGAGGAGCGGAAGUUCAACACCAUCCCCUAUGCCAGCCGAAGACCAUCAGGCAGCCGCCUGAAAAUGGAGGAUCUCGAAAUCAUCGAGUACCAGUACUCGCCUUCCUUUGAGCGCCGUUACAAGAGCCCGACUUGAUGUUUGCUGCGUGAUUCGGGUGUUGACACCAGCUUACAGCAGAGCCGAUUGUUCGUCGAGAUUGACUGGUUCUGUAGAGGUGCGUCUUAAUGUAGGAUACGUUAUGCGUUAAGCCCAGUUUUCCCAAAACACGGCUAGAAAGUGACACGUCAUUAUUGCUAGCACACACUGACGUCGAUGUUACGACCAGACUGAUUGGUGAUGCAGUGCUGCCGGAUACUCUCAGAGGCGUUAAAAAUCAGCGGAUGGUUGAUUGAUAAUAUUUACUAUAAGAUAUAUUAGGGCUGGCAAGUAACUGUUGAUAUCAGAGCUGGCUCCUACAUCCAUCAAUCAUGCCAUGGACGCGAACACUUUUUCAGCUUUUAGAAGAAUACAAAUUUCCUUCGAUAAUAGUAUUGGCGUUUGUGUGCAAUCGCCUUCAGUGAUUUAACUAAUACUAGCAUUACACGUUGUACUUACUAUGACAAUCAGCUUGAAAUUAUAUUAAAUACAAUGCCUCAUUACUCAAUAUUUACCAUUUUUGACAUUGACCUUUAGACUCACAUACAAUUGAUAACGUAUUGAACCGAGUACUACAAGAUAUUCGCGUUAGUUUUGUCACCU